AUAUCGAAGGCAAUGCUUUCGCAACCCAUCACCACAUCCCCAGGGGCAUCCGCUUCAGCGGCCCCAGCAUCCGCUGCGAAAAAGCGCCGCCGCCGGGCACCCGCCACUGGAGCUGCUGAUGACUGCUUUACUUGCGGAGCAAAUGGAAUCAAGUGUGAUCGUCGCCGGCCUUAUUGUGGUCCAUGUCUUGAUGUUGGGGUCAAGUGUAGAGGUUAUAAGACACAACUCACGUGGGGAAUUGGCGUAGCUAGUAGGGGAAAGCUUCGUGGAUUGCAUCUUCCGAUUCACACGCCGCCCGUCGACUCGAGGGACGCGAGGAUCAAAAAGAGGGGUGACGAGAGGACCUCAAGUGGGAACGAGGAUGGAUUGAGGUCAAAAAGAUCAACGACAUCCUUGGAUAGCAGCGGACGCGACUACGACAGCCAAAGCAGUGGAGAUAAUGGUACCGAAAAACUGAGCAUUAUCACAAGCUACGAUUUUGUCAAUAUAGAACCUCACUCGAGCUCUAGCUCGGCCGUCUCGAGAACAAGCUCGACUCGUUCAACUAACAGCCCAGCCGUCUCCACUAGAGCGAGUCCGACUCUUUCCGGGAUCCCACAGAGUAGCAUGCCAUCACAAAGAAUCACUCAAGAUCGGAAGUCGCCCGAGUCCUCUUCUUCCUACACGUCGUCCUACCCUGCUGGCUCUCAGCCCCAGCGUCCCGUACAGUCUCAGCAGCAGCAGCAAUAUGGGCAGUCUCGCGCACACAACUAUCACAAUGAGCCCUGCAAUUACGCCCCCCUAGAGCCGCCGCGUGGGCUGAUCCGCUCCCCUUUUCUCGAACACGAACCAAAGUACGAGCCGGGGUACGAACCAAAGUACGAACUUGAAUCAAGGCACGGAUCAAAGCAUAAAUCAAAGUACGAACCAAAGUACGAACCCAACUUCGCUUCGUCGCGGCAUUACCCCAUGUCUUCUGCACCCUCCGCAACUCCCUCGUAUGAAAUGGUAACCGGUGUUUCGAGCGCCCCGUAUCAUCCUUCGGCUGGAAUGACAGUCACCACUACUGGGGUUUCCUAUGCUCCCGUGGUCGCCACCAUGCAUGCUACUUCCCAAAUGAUGGGUGGCGAUCACUUCCACAACCCCAGCCGUCGCCAUCGGAAUGGAGGCCCUGGGUGGGGUGGCGUCGGUAUGGGAAUGGGCAAUCUUCAUCAGCAACAUGCACCAGCGGACACCGAUAACCUGUCCGACUUGUUGUACGAAGAUGUGCUUGGUACGUUC